UCCACUGAAUGCAAGCUCUUGUGCAUCACUAAAACGUUUUUACUGUUAUAUGCACAUACAACAUAUAUAUAUAUAUAUAUAUAUGUUGCAUUUUUUUGUUGUUGUUGUUGUUGAAAUAAUCCCUAUUAAUAAUUGCAAACCCAAUGGAAAAUGGAUUAAUAUCGCGUGUGAAGCUUAAUUUGAAAAUAUAAUCAAGUUUUCUCGUGAGUCUUUCUUUAUGGGUUAUAUGUGACAGACGAACACCAUCAUCGCGAGUUCAUUCUCUAAGGAUUUCCAACGAUUAACAAGAGGAAAAAAAGUAUAUAAUAAUAAUAGUAUGCCAAGGAGGAAAAAUAAUUGAUCAUCCUGAUAGUCAGUAACAAAAAAAUCAACCCAUUCUCAACAUCUCAAACAAGAUACGAGGAAUAAAUCUUGAAGAGGAAAAGAAGAAGAAGAAGAAAAAAAAAAAGAAAAAGAAGAAAAAGGGGUAGAAAGUUGCUUGCUGAUUGAUUCCCGUUUUUCGGAUGGUAGUUGCGCGUUCUUUCACCACCUCUCUCUCUUUCAUUCUCUCGAAGACUUGAGGGGUAAAUUCGAUCGAUAAUUCGCCGGGAAACGUGUGGAGGAGUGCGCCGACACAACGAUUAUAUUAUUAUCCAACAAUAAUAAUAAUAAUAAUAAUAAUCUAGUAGACGAAUUGCAAAGGAAUUUGAUUUAAAAGAAGAAACAAAGAAAAAGGUAAAAAGUAAAAAGUCAUUGGUCAAGAGGAGAGUAUCAAAAAAAGAAAAAAAAAAAAAAAAGAAACAAAAUGAAGGCCAUGGUGGUAAGCCCAGUUGGUGGUCGUGUACCACCUAAUCGUGGCGUAUUACACAACGGUUUGAAUUUAAACGGGACUAGGAGAGAUUUAGAAGCGGAAGAGGUUGCAGCAUAUCUGACAAAGCUAAGAUCAUUGGUGCCGGACAUGCCGAGGAAAAGGAAACUUUCCAAAUUGGAAGUAAUACAAAGGGUGAUAGAAUAUAUAUGCGCAUUGCAAACAACAUUAGAAGAAACUAACGAAGAACAACAUAAUAAUCAUCAUCAUCAUCAUCAUAAUCAUCAUAAUCAGGAAAUACCAAAGACGACUAAAAUGAAAUCAUUGACGAGACAACCGCUUCAACCAUUGCUAAACACGGUUAGUGCUAGCAGUACAGGUUCCUCAACACCAGCGGCAGCAGCGGCAGCAGCAGCAGCAACGGCGGCAGCUGCGGCUGCAGCAGCAGCAGCAGCAGCAGUGGCAUCAGCAACUACGAUGACGAUGACGAUGACGACAAAUAAUACGGUUGCUGGACGGUGACCUGUUUUCAUUAAAAAACAACUUCAAUGAGGGCCACAUCGUUAGGAAAGAUCGUCCUCGUGGGCUGACUCCGGCAUGAACGCAGGGUUGUUUCUCAUCAUCAUCAUCAUCAUCAACAUCAUCAUCCCCUUCCUCCUCAACAUCAACAUCAUCAUCAUCAUCAUCCUUGAAGAAUUACUUCCUUUUAUUAUUCUUCGGGGGUUUGACACUAAAAUUAAUGGAGAUACAUACUUUAACGAUAAAAGGGGAAACAACGAACAAACCCUUGCGCCCAGUACAAUCUCUUUCCUCGCGAAAGCCUGUAAAUAAUUGUUUGUACAUAGACACCAACCUAUCUUUUUCUCUCUCAUCGCAUUCCUCGCACGACCUCUCUCUCUCUCUCUCUCUCUCUCUUUCUCUUUCUCUCUUUCUCAUCACCGAUAGACACCAAUCACACCAUUUACCUCUCUCCCUUUUAUCUUAACUUUCAAACGACGAUUUUAUUUUUUAUCCCCCCUUUCGAUUUUUUUUGUUUUUGUUUAGUUGCUGCUUUAUAUACCACCAUGAUAAUGUUAAACGCACGACGGACACUUUUCGUUCGCUUCUUUAUACGAAAUUUCUUUUUGUCUAUUUCAAAAUUACGAUCGGUUGAAAAGGGGCCACCGCCCAAAGCUCUCCCCUACCUCCUCCCCAACUCCCCCCCCCCGCCGCCGCCAUCAUCGCAGUUCUCCCAAGCAAAAUUACGAAGAAAAUAUAAAAAUAUGUAUAUGCGUAUAAAAUGUCAUUUUUAAUAUAUCCAAAAUAUAUAUUAUCAUUCUAACGAUAAUAUUUUACGUAAAAGAUGUGCGCAAAUUAUUAUGCUGCUGUUGGACUGCCCCACCCAACCGAAUCGUAAAAUUUAAUCUCCGUUUGCAAGUACUACUACUACUAUUACUACUACCACCACCCCCCACCAUCGUAAAAAGAAAUUUUCUUUUUUUUUUUAUCUUAGUCUUGUAUCAUUUCUAACACGUACACACACAUACACACAGCAGACAUACUCUAGCACUGUAGAUAAUAAAGACAAUUUUUAUUACUAUUAUUACAUUUAUUGUACCUUAAAAAAAAAAAAAAAAUGCUAUAUUAUUAUUAUUAUAUGAUUAUAUUAUUAUUAUUAUUAUUAUUAUUAUUGUUAUCGCUCUUCAUAUUAUAAUUUAGAGACCUUCCGUAACUAUUGUAUAUUUGCGAAGACUGAAAGGCUGUAAGUAUAUCGUCGCACGAAGGUACUACGCUCGUGUAUACAAAACAAAAAAAAAAACAAAAAAAAUAAAUGCAAACUGUGUCCGUAAA